GGAGCUGGACUCAACCGGGAGCGAAAAUGUGAAGGUGGAAUCCGACUGAGCAGCAUCGUGUUGUAACUGGCGUCUGUUUCCUUCAACAAAACACAGCCGACGUUCCCACACAACAGCAACAACACCAGGAGCUUUUAUUUGGAUUUUUUUUUUUUAAUAAUCACUGGAAAUACUCUCGCUUUGUUUUUCUCUUCUUAUAGAUUUUUAUCCUCUGUUUCUGACUGUGUGCACCUUUCCCACAAAUUGACUGGGAGCAGUGUUGGCGGAGAGUGAGGAGCAUCAUUUACGUUUACAGGGAUAUUUAUUUUACAAUUGCACAAUUUUGCAAGGGGCAAAGUGCUCCGCGAAGAUUUCCUCUUGCUUUAUGGGAUUAUUUUCAACGAAGCCGCUUUGUCUGAGAUAAGAACACAUUGGGACAUCAUGAGUUCCAGUGGCUCGACAGGCGGUGACCGGAGCACUGGACUGAUCCGGUGCCAGCGGUGUCGGGAAGUCUGCAAAGGAGAGGUGGUACGAGUACAAGAUACCCACUUUCACGUCAAGUGUUUCACCUGCACCGUGUGUAACUGUGAUCUUGCACGAUCUGGCUUCUUCCAGAAGAAGGGCGAGUACAUCUGCACAGCAGACUAUCAGCGUCUUUAUGGUACACGCUGCGACCGCUGUGACACCUUCAUCACAGGAGAGGUGGUCUCCGCUCUGGGACGCACUUACCACCCCAAGUGCUUUGUCUGCAGUGUUUGCAGUAAACCCUUCCCCAUCGGAGACAGAGUGACGUUCAGUGGAAAGGACUGCGUGUGCCAGCAGUGCUCGCACACACUCGUCAAGUCAAAUGAACCGAUCAAGAUCCACGGGCCCAGCCACUGCGCUGGAUGCGGAGCCGAGAUCAAGCAGGGCCAGUCUUUGCUGGCGUUGGAGAAACAGUGGCACGUCAGCUGCUUCAGAUGUCGGACCUGCAACAUGGUCCUCACUGGAGAAUACAUCAGCAAGGAUGGAGUGCCAUACUGUGAGGCAGAUUACCACGCCCAGUACGGGGUGAAAUGUGAGACCUGCAGCAGAUACAUCAGUGGAAGGGUUCUGGAGGCGGGAGGGAAACACUACCAUCCGACCUGCGCACGCUGUGCCCGCUGUAACAUGAUGUUCAAAGAGGGAGAGGAGAUGUACCUGACAGGAUGCGAGGUGUGGCACCCAUUAUGCAAGCAGGCAGCGAGGGCAGAGAGGAGGCUCAGGCACAGACGCCUGUCAGAGGCCUCCAUCUCUCCACCAGGCUCCUCGAUAGGCUCCCCCAGCAGGGUUAUAUGUGCCAGAGUGGAGAAUGAGAUCCUAGAUUAUAAGGACCUAGCUGCCCUGCCAAAGGUCAAGGCCAUAUAUGAGGUCCAACAGCCAGACCUCAUAUCCUCCUCAUACCAGCCCUACCACAGAUACACCUCUGAUGACAGGCUAGACACUUACAGCUAUGGGGAGUCACUUGGGACGCUCUCUCCCUAUUCUCAGGACUAUGACAGCCUGGACAUGAAGCAGAGGCGGUGCUCCAGUCCUGGUUAUAUAGACUCGCCGACAUAUAGUCGUCAAGGCAUGUCACCAAUCAUGCCCCGCUCUCCGCAGCACUAUGGAUACCCUGGCUCUGAGAGUGGCAGGAGUUCCCCUUAUUACGGCCAAGAGGGGCGGUCAAGCACACCCACCACAAACCAGCCCCCUAAACAUUUUCAUGUACCAGCCACAGGGGACCCCAACAUCUACAGGAAGCCUCCCAUCUAUAAGAGAACUGACAAUCACGUGGAUGCAGCCACCAAAAGCAGGACCAGUGAGGACAUCCUCAGAUCCUCAAGACUGUCCACCUACUCCCCUGAGCCAUACACCCAGUCAGAGUCUGACUACUACCCAUACACCAGCUCCCCCAAAGCCUAUCGGGCACCGAGAAGACGCUUCUCGACAGGAGGAGAUGAAGAGACUUGGAGUCACAGUCUUCAAAGAAUUGGGAGUGGCAUCGGGAGGAUGAUCCUAAAGGAGGAGAUGAAAGCUAGAUCUGGUUCCUAUGACAACGACCCCUGGGGCAGUGCGAGGAAUUCUCGUAGUGGGAGCAAGGAAACACUCAACACUACAGGCUAUGGCACCACGGCGUACAACAACACCAUCAACGGCUCUUCUCGAUCUCAGUACAGCACUGAUAGUGAUUUCGUUUGUAAGUCCGCCUCACUACCAGGAUAUGGACGCAACGGCAUCCAGAGGCCUCAGAGUGCAGACUGCUACCAGUACCAAUACGACAGUGGCAGCGAGGUGAACUGGGGAAGCAGAGAGUACAAGAUUUACCCUUACGAAGCACUCAUUGUCACCACCAGAGGGCGCAACAGGCUGCCCAAAGAUGUAGACAGAGCCAGACUGGAGCGUCACCUGUCCCCAGAGGAGUUUGUCCAAGUCUUUGGUAUGACAGUGGAGGAUUUUGACCGGCUGGCUCUGUGGAAGAGGAAUGAGCUAAAGAAACAGGCCCGACUCUUUUAGUAAUGAAUGGAUAUCCUCCAAAUACUGCCAUAAGCAGAGCCGGAGACUUGACUGUAGGAAGGAAGGAGAGAGGUAGGAAGACUUCUACUCAGUUUCACUGCCAUGGCUGAGAACCUGUUCUAGAUCUCCUCAUACAGCGAACCAAAUUCUGGUCACACCAGCGUGGACUUCUGGGAUGCUGAGGGACACGCCGCAGAGACAUUAUGCACAGAUGGACUGACAAACUGUUACGUGGUUGCCAGUGCAACUGUGGCUGUGUGCUGGAGUGGAGUGUAUGCAAUAGAGACUGUAGUAGAGUAAGUGUUGUGCUUUUCUUAAGCCUGAAGGAUGGAGGAGGACAUGACUGUGCCCCUAUAAGGCCACACGAGGGGAUGUCUGUGACCAGAGCCGCAGUACUAAAACAUAUUGAGGAGAAUUUUGGCUUUGCCUUAUUUGUUAUGCUCUCUUAGUUAUGAGUGUGCAGCACCAGCAAUCUGAAUGAGUAGAAUGUAGAUACAGUAUAUCAUUUAUGACACUUUAUCAGUGCGAAUGAUUAGAUGAGAAGAAUGAGUGUGUGAGCAUACAGCAUCACUUUGCUUUGGUUUAUAAGGAUGCAUUCUGUUUACCUACUCCCCCCCCCCCCCCCCCCCUUUUUUUUUUUUGCCCUUUCACAUGAAAUACUGUGUCCCUCUGGUUUACACUAAUUGAUACAGAAACAAACACGAAGCAAUCUGAGGUGAACACAGCUUUGUUUUUGUUUUUUUCUUUUUUUUUUUUUUACAAAUGUAUGUGCGACCUGCAUCGAUUUGUGUGAAAAUGAAAACCAAAGUGAGAAUGCAAAUUUACAGAUUAGCAGAUCACUUCCAUGUAAAGUUCUGGUUAAAUAGUUAAGGGUCAUCAAUAGAUGCAGUUCACUGUGCAGCUGUAUGGUAACCUAAAAGAAUGUGCAAUCCAGUAGAUUUAAUAGAUAAAGGAAACACCAAUUCUGUCCUCCUGCUCCACAUUUUCCAGCUCAUUGCAAUACAGCGAUGACUACAUGUUUUAGGAUGAGGACUAAAGUCAUCCAUACAUAUACAUUCACUAUUAUUUCUAUUCUUUUAGAAUGAUAUUCCAAUAAUUUUGUAGCUACAGAGAUUAUAUUCACUCACAAUGAAACACUCUGCAAGGUAUUUAACACACUGACAAAGAUCCAGGGUUGUUGAAGACUUUACUUCCUUUGAAUACUGUUAUUUUUGAUU